AGCAGAACGACUGAAUAGUCCGUGUACGUAAUGAGCGGAUGUAGUAGGCGCGACGAUCGCCAAUCUAUCCGCAAAGAAGAGUACGACGUGACGUAAACGACGGAUCCAAACAAGUAUCAGCUGUGUUGCAGUCAUUGUUCCCUGAAUUCACAUUGGUCUUGGCAGACAGAUCCCAGUUUCUCUCCGCGUCGCACUAUCAUCGAGUUCCGCGGUGGCUGGCAGGAACGGCGGGGAUAGCGACGGUGGCUGGCUCGCGCCAACGGACCCGGGCGAGACGCGAACGUUUUUAAGAUCCGACGCGACAAGUGGCGAGAGGAGAGAAAGAAACGGGGGGAAAGCUAGGCCAGGCUCUUUUUUUCGCUCCUAACAGCAAUCGUGGCUGCGCGCGUGCUACCACCCCGACCCCAGCCCCAGGUCCGUGCCAUUAUUCGCCAACGGUUAUCCCCGGGGGACAAUAAUAGUGUAAAAAACGGGGCGGUACGCGCAUAAGCCUGGCCUCGAGCAGCGAGUCGGACGACGGUGGACUCGCUCCGCCACCGCGCAAAAGGUCCCGUAGUUCUGUACCGGCUACCCUACGACCAGCGGACGAGCACCACUCCCCCAGUCCGGACAUGGAUAAUUAUCGUAUGCACGACAGCAUAAUGCAACAGCAGGCCUCAAACGGUGGUGUAUCUUCUGGACUGCAACAGAAUGGAGCCAAGGCGGAUUCUGGUGGGCCUCAUGCCAAUGGUAAUCUGUUACCGGAAUCGGAUAGUGAUAUUAACGGUGUGAACGGAGACAUAAAUCAGAGUUUGGGACCACCAAAAAUAAUGGACAAAACUAACCAGGACAUUGUGAGGCUUAUCGGGCAACACUUAAAGACAGUCGGCUUAGAUCGGACAGCAGAUUUGCUUAUGCAAGAAUCGGGCUGUCGGCUAGAUCAUCCUGCUGCGGCGAAAUUUAGGCAACACGUUAUGGACGGUGAUUGGAAUAAAGCAGACCAUGACCUCAAUGAACUUAAGUCUUUUUUAAAUAGUGCAAACCAGAGUUUAGUGGAGAUGAAGUUCUUAUUGCUAGAACAAAAAUAUUUAGAAUAUUUAGAAGAAGGUAUGGUGUUUGAUGCAUUACAUGUACUGCGCAAUGAGCUUACACCCUUGGGCCAUAAUACCGGUCGUGUUCAUCAGUUAUCUUUAUUUAUGAUGUGCAGUGGACGUGACGAGUUACAGACACGUGCAGGCUGGGAUGGCAAAGGGCCAGCCUCCAGGGCUGCGCUUAUGGACAGACUGCAGCGAUUCCUACCACCCUCCAUUAUGUUACCGCCACGCAGACUUCAUUCUUUACUUUGUCAAGCUGUGGAAAUGCAAAAUCAACUGUGCACGUAUCAUAUAACACAUUCGCAGCAGACAAGCCUAGAAAACGUCUCUUUGCUUGUGGAUCAUAACUGUGGCAAGGAGCAGUUUCCGUGCCAUACCAUACAGGUACUCAACGAUCAUUGCGACGAAGUCUGGUAUUGCAAAUUCUCACCCGAUGGUCUCAAGCUUGCCACAGGUUCUAAAGAUAUGACAGUAAUUAUAUGGGACGUAGAUCCUGAAACACUAAAAGUGACGCAUAGGAAGACACUUGAAGGGCAUACGUAUGGCGUGGCGCUGAUUGCUUGGAGUCCUGACAGCAGCCAUCUAAUUGCCUGCGGUCCUGAAGAUUGUCCGGAACUAUGGCUUUGGAGUGUCGAUACGCCCGAUUGCGAAUUACGUGUAAAAUUAACGCAAAACACGGACGACUCACUGACGGCUUGUGCCUGGCAUCGUGAUUCGAAUAAAUUUGUAGCGGGAGGACUUCGUGGUCAAUUUUAUCAAUGCGAUAUGGACGGCAAUGUUUCGGAUUCAUGGGAAGGAGUAAGAGUAAAAUGUUUGUGGUGUCGUAGCGAUGGAAGAACUGUUCUAGCAGCUGAUACACAUCAUAGAAUUCGCAGCUAUACUUUUGAUGACUUGGGCGAUGCUACUAUAUUACAAGAGGAUCAUCCUGUUAUGUCCUUUAGUGUAAACAAAGCAGAUCGACUUGCAUUACUUAAUGUAGCAAAUCAAGGCGUGCAUCUUUGGGAUUUAGAGGACAAAUGCCUUGUUAGACGUUUUCAAGGCGUCACUCAAGGACAUUUUACUAUUCAUAGCUGUUUCGGAGGAGUCAAUCAAGAUUUUAUUGCCUCUGGCAGUGAAGACAAUAAAGUGUAUGUGUGGCAUAUCAAAAGAGAACUGCCUAUAGCGACUCUUACAGGACACAGUAGAACGGUCAAUUGUGUUUCAUGGAAUCCUGUGUAUCAUCAAAUGAUGGCUUCUGUGUCAGAUGAUUUUACAGUAAGGAUAUGGGGCCCAAGGUCAUUUUCUUCAGAUGGAGAAAAUGAUAAGACAGUUUCGCUUGAAACCAACUCUUCAAAUAGCAGUGGCUGGCAUGAGAUGGUAUCGUAGCGAACUACAGCGUACUCAGUUCACAGUGUUCCCAUGACCUCAUGGUGUUCAAAAGACUGUCAUACUGACAUUUGACUGUCAUACUGUCCUGUUGAUUGUCGUACUGACAUUUUACUGCCUUCUGUAGCAGUUGCUCCUCUAUACCUCUUGUCGAUCUUGAUUAUUAUCUACUAUGUACAGAGGUAACAGGAGGGAUGUAUAUGUUUAGCAACAACUGCUAAAUUGCCUGCAAUUAUUAAAACCGAAAAUCAAUCAUCGAGCGUAAUUAUCAUAUUUAUGUAUACUUUCUUUUUUUUUCAUAGUACCUUUAAGUAUUUUAUAUGCAUCCAUAUAUGGUAUCCAUUGUGUUAUCUCAAUUAAAACUUCAAAUGAUUUAACGUCAGAGCUAAUAAUCGAAAAUAAUGUGACGCAUAAUACAAUAUAAAGUAGAUGAUAUGACAGAGUAGAAAAUAAAGAAAAUUCCGUCUUAGGAUUGGUGUGUAAAGGUAAAUUAUGUUAACAAGAAUAUGGAAUGCAUCCAUGUAUUGGGACAGUAGAAACACUAUGUUUUGACAGGAAUUUUGUCAAAUUUGACCAUAAUUGUAUCAAUAAAUAUUGUACAUAACAGUUUCA